AUUACAUGGAGCACGCCUACCCGUGGGACGAGCUGAAGCCUCUGAGCUGCUCCGGCCGCCGCUGGGACCGCCGCGAGCGCGGCGACCUGGACGACGUCCUGGGCGGCUUCUCGCUCACGCUGGUGGACUCGCUGGACAUGCUGGCGGUGCUCGGAGACCGCGACGAGUUCGCGAGAGCCGUCAAGCUCGUGGCCGGCAGCGUGACCUUCGACAGGGACGUGACGGUGUCGGUGUUCGAGUCGACCAUCCGGGUCAUCGGGGGCCUCGUGUCAGCGCACAUGCUGGCGUCCCCCGAGUACUUCGGAAUGAUGGAGGAGGACGAGUACAACGGGGAGCUGCUGAGCCUCGCGGAGGACCUCGGACGUCGGCUACUGCCGGCCUUCGACACGCCGACAGGGAUUCCCGUGCACCGCGUGAAUCUGCGGCGUGGGGUGCUGCCGAAAGACCGCGCGGCCAAGUUGACGUGUCCUGCGGCGGCGGGAUCGUUGCUGGUGGAGAUGGCGUACUUGUCCAGACUGUCGGGGGAUCAGAGGUUCGAGCAGAGGGCCAAGGAGGCGGUGGUGGCCAUCUGGGACAGGAGGUCGGACAUUGACUUGCUGGGCAGUGCCAUCGACGUGGGGUCGGGCGAGUGGGUGCACUCUCAUGGAGGGAUCGGAGCUGGACUCGACUCGUUCUUCGAGUAUUUGCUCAAGUACCAUUUGGUCAGUGGAGAUUCGCAGUGGCUGGCCAUGUUCAAUGCGAGUUACCAGGCGGUGGAGACGCAUGUGAACCACGACGACGUGUACAUUGAGGUGGAUAUGAAUGGGGGCAAGGACCAGGUGCGUACUCGUCGAGUUUCGGCGCUGCAGGCGUUCUGGCCCGGACUGCAGGUGCUGGCUGGGGACGUGUCAGGUGCUAUUCGCACUCAUGAGCACAUGUUCCCGCUCUGGGAUGAGUUUGGAGCCAUGCCAGAGUUGUUGGACUUGGCUCCACGCGGCAUGUCGAAGCCUGGAAACCGGGGCACGGUCAUCAGCUGGGCGCGUACGUCUCCGCUUCGUCCCGAGCUUAUCGAAAGCACGUAUCAUCUGUACCAGGCCACGCGCGACCACAAAUACCUGAAAAUGGGUCGUCAAAUGCUGCAGGACAUUCGGCGCGUGUCGGAGGUACCGUGCGGAUACGCUGCGGUGGGGAAUAUUCACACGCUGGACAUCGAAGAUCGCAUGGAUAGCUACUUCCUCUCGGAGACAGCGAAGUACCUGUACCUGCUCUUCAGUGACGAGCCAGAUGUGAUCGUCCCAGUGCCUCCAGUUCGACAACGGAAAAAUGCCUCGUCGCCUUCGAACCGAACCUGCGCUACGACAACUCCAAGCAAACUGCAAACCGUUGGAACAUCGCUCGAGUGUAAGACUGCCUCCGCCAAUGCAAGCUCCAGCCUGGGGGAAACAUCAUUGAGACGGAACAAGAAGUCCCUGAAGGCGUCCGACGUCGUCUUCAGCACUGAAGGCCACAUCCUGAUGAUCGACUCGCACCUCUUUCGCCAACCACAGCAGAAAUCAUCGCUCGUCGCUCCGAAGUGCGAGAAUGGGAAGCUGCAAGUGCGCCAGCGCAACGUCGAGCUACAAGCGGCACGGGAGAUCCUGACGACGCCUCCUGUUAUCCCCGUGGGGCUGGCUGUCCGUCUUGGCGACGUGCACGUGAUGACACUCGUGGCAUCUCCAGCAAAGUUUGGACUGCAGGUCACGACCCCGUCAGCAGUGGAGGCGCCGUUGCUGUUGUUCACUCCUGAAAUUGGUGAGGCUUGCGGUGCCAUCGACGCCAACCAAGUGCGUGGAAAGAUUGUGAUGGUGGCUCGUGGGACGUGCACGUUUGCGGAGAAGGCUCUCAGGUUGCAAAAGGCCGGUGCAGCGGGCGUCGUUGUCGUCAAUUCCAAGGCUGCGUACAGCAGGAAUCCCAACCGCAAAUACUCACUGGCCGAUGACAAGCGUGGUCUAGGCCGGUACGUAACAAUCCCCGUCGUUUUGGUAUCGCGUGAGGAUGCUACUGAGUUGCACAGGCAUGCGAGUCUCAAGCGGCUUCUGAGCGACGAUGACGGAGAUUCGGAAGGUGAUCAAGGGGCCCAAGGCGAUGGCAUUGGUACUCUUGUUGGCUCUCUAUCGCCGUGGCUCUACUGAUCGAACGGGCACAGGGACGUAGUACGAUAGAAAGUAACAUGCAAAAAUGUAUAUACUGAAGAUGGAAGAAUACGCCGCUACCGUUCUGCAGGCUAUGACGUUGCGCGCUUCAAGUAAGUUGCGAGUAGCAUUUCAGGAAUGCUGAGAAAGCCAGUCGGAAACUAUAUUUCUUUUAAGAAAUAUAGUUUCUCUUGAAAAGGGAUACUAAGAAAUAAGAAGGAAGUAAGUUAUAAGAAAAAAGAAGAUUGUUUGGGUUCAAACUACAGUAAGCAUACCCAUACCAAGCCGAGGUCAUUAUUACUGAGCUUGCACUUUGUGUAUUUGAUUUGGAGCUCGAUGCAUCUGCUUUUGCUCUUUUUGAAUUUGGCCUUGUUCUCGGUGAAGUUGAUUUGCUGGCCAUCGUGCUCACUCUGGUCGUUCUCAGCGAUGGGAUGGCCACCGACGCCAACAAAAUCUCUGCGACAUCAAGCGCGCUGCAGAAGGAGACACCAACGCGCGAGCUCGCUCGUAUUGACCCAAGUGAAGAGGAAAGAGCCAAACGGGGUGGGGGUGAAGGAGGUCGUACGCGUGUAAGGACAACAGCGUAUCUCUAUCCGUCGGAGGUCGUGAAAAAGGUAAUGGGCAAAUUCAUUUGGGGGUUGAGACGCGUCUUCGGAAUCAAGAACAAUUCUGUGCAGAUCCCGUCUACUGUCAAAACGCAGUAGGCAGCCGAGUCCAAUGGGAAAUAAUGCAGAUUUAAAGAAUCUAGAGAACUCCAACUCGUUUAUAGCCAUAGUUUUUCUCUCGAUAAACCGAACGGUGAUAUUCGCUUUCAUCCUCAACGCGAGCACUUGAGCAUAUCCCAACUCCCCACCCUCGAGCGUCCUUCAUGCUUGCUUUCCACGCGAGCUUUAGCUGCCGCUGUCCUUCGCACAAGGCUCAAUACUACAGUAGUAGUUAUCAAUUAGUAAAAUGCAAGUGUAUAUACUGAGAAUGGAAGACUACGCCGAGCCAAUGGCUCGCAUCCAAGAAGCUAUGCAGACCUAGAUGUCUUCGUCGAACACGGUAAGAUCCACGCGGACUUGGUUGCCCUUGGCCAUCUCUUCGUCGUCGUCAUCUGCCAUAAGGUUGACGAUCUUGUCGACGAUGAAGCU